AUGGAUACUUGCCGCCAGUCAAUGGACAUAGCGACCGCUACCUUAAACUCGUUGGUAGAAAACUUCGAGACCCUCAAAGAAGCCAUGCGUUCAUCGAUCGAAAGCAUAAAACGGGGAUAUGCUAAUAUUCUUUGCUCGGGAAGGGUCGAUGAUUCUGUAGAAUUUUUUUCCCCUCGUUACUCUGAAGUUCUUUCUCUUCAACGUUUGACUCAGAUUCUCAAAUGCAAGAUUUUCCUUGCCACGCUUGAAAAACCUCUAGUUGAUCUCGCCAUCGUCCUUCCAUCCAUGGACUCAACCUGUCGGCUACUCUUCAGCGCACUGUGUGAUCUUUAUACCAACUUGUCGCCAGUGGCCCAACGAACCAAACUGGAGAUAUACAUGGCACUUAUUCGUGGUCCGAAUAUGACCUCGUCCAUGGAGAUGGAGGCUUACUCCCUUAUGUUCGCGCCCCUGCUUACCCAGAUUGCAAAAAUAACAGAGAUUCUGCGAACGUUGAAGAAGGAAAUCGAGUAUACGAACAUCAUACUUCGUUUCGCUCCGAAACCACACAGUGGCACCUAG